GCCCCGCACUGGGUGGUUUCCCUCUGUUCUCAGAACCGCACUAAGCACAGGGGCGCUCGCUGCUGGGGUCACACGCCCAGGUUCCUUUCUCACUUAGUUUUAAACCCUCCCUCUGCGGCUCCGGAGGGCGUGGUGAGAGCGCAGGAGGUAUUUCCCCAAGGGUCGGGCACCCCCGCUUGGGCUCUUGUCGUGGCCACAGCGAGGGAGGACCACGCUGUCGCGCGGGCUCCCGCGGGUGGCGCGGCGCGGCCAGCGGGGGCCAGGAUCCCUCUCCGCGUCCUGUGCGCGGAAAUAACUGAAAAAAUGUACAAUUCCCCUACACUGAAAGUGAUUCGGAAAGCAACACAACCCAGGACUAAAGAGAAAAUGAAAUAGACAGUGGCCUCGGUGGACAGCUCACUUGGGACCCCUGCUCUGCCACACAGUGACAAGUCUCAGAUGUUCACUGUGACCUCUUCAUGCCUUCAAAACCAGUACCACCUAGGUGACUCUUAUGUAUUGCCAAGUUCAGAUGCCAGCAUGAGAUACAGCCUCUGGACCACAGCUUCUGUGUGCUUAUCCUGAAGAAAUACUCCCAGAAGAUUUCACCUAAAUGAUGUUGGCCUCUUCUUAAUCACAGCUGAUUGUACUGAUUGUCCCAACAAAGCAAAGGAGAACUUCAGUUGUAUUCUGGAGUUGAUGACUCAUGGCGCACACUGUUAGAGAAUGCUUGUUGGGACUUAUUUUUUUAUUCAUGUGGCUGUUGGUUAAAGCAAAAAUAGAUGUGUGCAAGCGAGGCACAGUGACUGUGAAGCCUUCCCCUGUGAUUCCCCUUGGGUCAGCUGCCAAUAUUUCCUGCUCUUUGAAUCCCAAACAUGGCUGUUCUCCUUUCAGUUCUAACAAUUUAACCCUCUUGAAGUUCGAAGAAAAAGUCCAUUCCCACUCUGGUAACUCCUUCACUUUUGAAGUCACCAACCUUCCCCUUGGUGUGACCUUAUUUGUCUGCAAACUGAAAUGUUCCGGGAGUUGGCACCGAGUGUGUGGGGUGGAGAUCUCAGUUGGUGUUGCUCCAGAGCCACCUCGAAACAUAUCAUGCAUCCAGAAAGGAGAACAUGGGACUGUGACCUGCACCUGGGACCCUGGACAAUAUACUCAUCUGAAAACCCACUACACUUUACAGUUAACUGGACCAAACAAUGUGACCUGCCAGGGCCUGUGCAGCAGUCAGAAUUGUAGUCGUUUGAAUCUUGGAAUCACUCUAACUUCUGAUUUAGCUGAAUCCACGUUCACAGUCAGUGUCACUGCCAUCAAUCACCUUGGAAACUCUUCUUCAUUUCCAUUUACAUUCACGUUCUUGGACAUAGUGAGGCCUCUUCCUCCGUGGGACAUCAGAAUCAAUUUUCUAAAUGCUUCUGGGAGCAGAUGUAUCCUGCAGUGGAAAGAUGAGCAGCAGGUGGUUCGCAAUCGACUCAGAUACCGGCCUCGGAACAGCAGGUCCUGGAAUAUGGUUAACACUACAAAUGCCAAAGGAAGACACAGCCUACAAGAUCUGACACCGUUUACAGACUAUGAAUUUCAGAUUUCCUCCAAGCUACAUCUCUCUAAAGGAAGCUGGAGCGACUGGAGUAAGUCACUGACAACACGAACACCCGAGGAAGAGCCUGUUGGGACAUUAGACAUCUGGUACAUGAAACAGAACAUCGGCUCCAACAAACAACAGAUCUCUCUUUUCUGGAAGAGUCUGAGUCCAUCAGAGGCAAGGGGGGAAAUCCUCUGCUAUCAGGUGACCCUACAGGAGGUGACAGGGGAAAUGACACUGGAGAAUAGUACAAAUCACACCUCCUGGACUGGAGUCAUUCCCGGAACCGGGGCUUGGACUGCAUCCCUGUCUGCAACCAAUUCGAAAGGCACUUCUGCGCCCACUCGCAUUAACAUAGUGGACCUGUGCAGCACCGGGUUGCUGGCUCCUUCCUGGGUAUCUGCAAGGUCAGAGGACAUGAACAACAUUGUGGUGACCUGGCAGCCUCCCCAGAAAGCUGCCUCUGCUGUUCAGGAGUUCAUAGUGGAGUGGAGGGCUCUACAGCCAGGAAACACCAGGAGGUCUCCCCCACACUGGUUGCGGAUCCCUCCCUACAACAUGUCUGCUCUGAUUUCAGAGAACAUCUAUCCCUACACCUGUUAUGAAAUCCGGGUGCAUGCACUGUCAGAGGACCAAGGGGGUUGCAGCUCCACCCUGGGUGACUCCAGCCACAAAGCACCACUGACUGGCCCUCAGAUCACUGACAUCAUAGAGAAAAAGGAGAGCCUUUUGAUUUCCUGGUCCCAUAUCCCAGUCGAGGAGUCAGUGGGCUGCAUCCUCCAUUACAGAAUAUACUGGAAAGAACGAAACUCUACUGGGCAGCCUGAACUCUGUGAAAUCCCAUACAGACACUCCCAAAAUUCACAUCCAAUAAGCAGCCUGCAGCCUGGAGUGACAUACGUCCUAUGGAUGACAGCUCUGACUGCUGCUGGUGAAAGUCCCCAAGGAAACGAAAGGGAAUUUUGUCCCCAGGGCAAGGCCAACUGGAAAGCAUUUGUGGCAUCAAGCAUUUGCAUUGCUAUCAUCACGGUGGGUCUUUUCUCAAUCCGUUCCUUCCGGCAAAAGUUAUUUGCUUUCCUUUCUACUCUCAGACCUCAAUGGUACAGCAGAACCAUUCCAGAUCCAGCAAAUAGCACAUGGGUAAAGAAGUACCCCAUUGCAGAGGCCAUGGACAGUCUCCUGAUGGCCUGGCCCACUCCCGAAGAGCCUGAGCCCCUAAUCAUCAAUGAGGUCCUUUACCAAAUAACCCCAAUCUUCAGACAACCCUAUUGCCCCAAAAGAAGACAAAGGUUCCAAGAUCACUCUACCCCCAAGGAAGACACAAUAUACAUUGCCUCCAGUCUACAACCUACAGGAACUCUCACAGCCGACACAAGACUAGUUCAUCUAUACAAGGUGCUGGGAAGCAGGGAACCUGACUCAAAACUGGGCAACCUGACCAAUUCCUUGACAGUCACUCCAGUGGACUACCUUCCCAGCCAUGAAGGCUAUUUACCCUCCAACAUAGAAGACUUCUCUCCACAUGAGGCUCCUUCAACUGAUUCUUUAGAACUGGAGCACCAACACAUCUCUCUUUCCAUUUUUGCAUCAAGUUCUCUUCGCCCACUCACCUUCUGUGGUGAGAGGCUGACUCUAGAUCAGUUAAAGAUGGGGUAUGACUCCCUCAUGAGUAAUGAGGCUUGAUACCUAGCAAGUCAGUGUGCCCAUUAACUAUAAUCACAAGAGCAGCACAACAUAUCUAGUUACCCAGUUCCUACUCCAGUGGUCACCAUCCUUGGUAGUAUCAGACCUGGCUGUAGCUUCAGGACAGUGCAGACCAGCCAGCUGUCUCAGGACUGUUAGUUUCACCAUAGGGACUUGCUGCCUUUAACACCAAUUCCCUCUGGGUCUAAAAAGCUCAAGCCACAAGAACCUGGACCUUGCUGUUUUGCUUAUCUAUUGUAAAUUUGUACUUCCUUUUCUAACCUACUAAAUUAGCAAUGUGUCGUAUAGCCUAGUCUUGUAAACUGUUCUCAGUCUGUUUCCUAUGCAGCUCUAGAAACUGAACGUAUCUGGUCAGUUUGCUCAUAAACAUCAUUUCCUGCUGCUAUUCCAGACUUAAUCUGCAGUCCUUUUCAAAGUAUGAGGCUUUCCAUUACAUUUCUAUUCUACCCUAACUACUGUAUAGUUUUGGCAUCUCUGCACCCAUCAAGUGCCCUUAGUUGAUUGCCAUGACAAGGUUUAUGUAAGGCUGACCGUCUCUUCCAUGCUUUUCCCUCAUCAAGAUUCUCAUGUUACUUUAAUCUACAACCUACUUGGCAAGUAUAGUUCCUGGUCAUGUCACCUAUCAUCACUUCUGUUGGCCCAACUUGCUUGCUUCCCACCCACCGGCUAUUAUAGCACAAGCUUUACAAAAAAACAAACAAAAUCACAUUAAGGGACUUACAUUACUUUUCAGGUACAUUAAGCAUGUCUCUCUUUGACUGUUCAAUUUGACAGAUCUUGAUGAAUGUCAAAGAAACAGGUAAUCUUUGCCCACUACUACAAGUAGUUCUUCUUCCCCAAGUAAAACUCCAAAGAGUUAAGUCUUUCAUUCCUUGGUAUUUUUAAAGUCUAAAAUAUAUUCCAUCAACACCAACUAAAUCUACUUCCUAACUCAUAAAAUUCCACAAUUCUCUGGAACCUAAAUACCAUAGUGUACAACACUAAAGGUCAGAGAAAUCUUGGGUUUGUUUUGAAGGUGUGGGGGUAGGAUCCAUGAUUCUGUUAGACAAACUCUACUGUGUCCGGACCUCAAGUUCAGGUAGGGAUUCUCACACUGCCCUGAAAAUGUCCUUUCCCAGAAGCCAGGAGUUUUUGUUUGUUUUUCCUAGUCCUCUCGCAGGCAGGUGGGAUGUCAAACUUAAUCUCUUUCUCCCACACCGAACCCCCCAGUCCUAACCCUGUCAUCACUUUUCAUCUCCCACUAAUAGCUACAACCACAGCUCACCCAUGUCCUGGAGCCAGGGGGGAAAAAUUCCACUAGCUACUCUGUGUUCCAUUCUUCUAAGUAGGGUCUGUUCUUGAGUCACCUGAAACUUGCCUCCAGUCCAAUAUCAAAGAUCAAGCCCUCUCAAGGUUUAUUUUUCUUCUAGCCUGCACUGUCCACUUUAAAACUUCCAGAACAAAGCACUUUCAAAGAGCUUCAGAUAAAGACCUUCCUUCUUCCCUCAAAUAGAAAAGCAAUUCCGACUAAAAGGCAUAGCUCUAUGAGAAGCAAUAGCCUACCACUUGGAUUCCCAAGUUCUUAUAUGUGGUAGAACUUUUCAAUCUGAGUGAUUGAAAGAAGUUGGAAUUUAUAGCUUAUACCAAAAUAAAUUUCUAAUAAAACGAGUUCCUUAAUAAGGCACUUGAACAAGUACGUCUGAAAGACUGCACUUCAAUGACACAAAGUACAUAAUUAACUGUGGUCAACUGUAAUUGAAGAAAUGCAAACCAAGUACUAAGUAAUUCCACCAGUUUAGCAGCAAUUACAGAGCAAAUUAGCCAGUAUUAAUCAAGAGAAACUGGUGUUAGUAGACAAUUUUGAGGGGCAGCCAGAUAAUGUUCAACAAAAUUCUAAUAGCCAACUCAAUUCUCAUCAACAUAGCCAAGAGCAGCUUAGUAUCUUAGGAAUACAGGAUUUCUCAUCAGUAAAUUGAAAUGGUGGCCCUUCAAAAACUAGUAGUGCCUAUCUGUACAAUAAAAGUACUGUGGAGUUCAAGGAAUUCGACUCUACAUGAUUCUGAAUUCUAAGCAAAACCCUAAUUAAACUGCAUUGUGCCACUGGUCUCGGUGUUUUCUUUUUAGUGGUGCUAAGAAUAAAACUGGCCUUGUGCAUGCUAGAGGCAUGUAGGACUUAGCUUUUCACAUUUUGAUAUCCCUAAAAUUAAGACAGGGCAUAAAACUGAUAAAGGAUACUAUACUAUACUAUACUAUACUAUACUAUACUAUACUAUACUAUACUAUACUAUACUAUACAGAAUAAAGAAGAAAACUCAGUGGCUUAGAGCAAUUUGCUCUUACAAAGGAUACAGGUCCCACUCCCAACACCAAGUUGGUAGCUGUUUCUCCAUGGCUACAGCAUGCAUAGUGCACACUUAAAAUGCAAAAUACUCAUACACAUAAAAUGAAGUCUUAUUAAAGCAUGGAGUGCUGCUGCAGGGGACCAGAGUUUAAUUCGCAGCAUCCACACAGGAUGGCUUAAAACUGCCUGUUAAGUCUGGCUGGGGGGUGGGGGAGCACAAUGCAAUGCCCCGCUUUCCACACUGAAGUGAACAUGCCCAUACAAGUACAUUGUACCCGUCUGUGUAGAUUCAAACUCUACUACUGGUACCAACUUCUGUAUGAUUGCUUUCUAUUGGUAUGAUAAAACAUCAUGGACCACUACUGAGAAGCCAUGGCAGGAAUGGAAGUGGAGACCAUGAAAGAACACUGCUCUCUGGGCUUUUUCUCAGCACUUCCAAGCUCCCACACAAUAGCCCAUUUAGCUUUGAGCCAUGUCUAGUCUUCCUCAAAGCAACAAGGCCAGGUCUGUCACAGCAUUAUUCCACUCCUGGUACCAACUUGCGUCCUAGUUUACUUUGUUGUUAUGGUAAAACCCUAAAAGCAGACUGGAGAGUAAAUGGAGAGUACAUGAUUUGUCAUACAAUUUCAAUCACUGUUCAUCCAAAAGUCACAACAGGAACCUGGAGGCAGGAACUGAAGCAAGACACCACGAAAACUGUUCACUGGCAUGCUCAGCUUGCUUUUUGUAAUACAACCCAGAGAUACAGGGGUGGCACCUCUUCCUGUAGAUUAGGACAAUGUCCCCAUAGAUUUGACUACACACAGGCCAAUCUAAUAGGUGCAAUUCCCCUCUUCUCAGACAACUCUGAUUGUGACAAUUUGACAAAACCAAAAAACCUAUUACACUGAUAAACAAAAUAAACCAUGCUUUUUCUUGGGAGGUGUAGAGACCUGGGUUUUAAGGUAGAUCUCCUUCUAUGCAAGAAGACUGACCUUCAGCUUGUAACUUUAAACUCAGCCUCAAGAACCACCAAGCCUAGCAUGCCUUUUGAACACUAAUUAACUGAGAAUAAUCUUCCACCUCCUAAUUCUACCCAAUUUAUACAUUUUGAAGUGUGGCUUAAGUUAUUUAAGUCAAAAAAGAUGCCUGAAUCUUGUGCCAUGAAUAAUUUUUUCAGUCAGUUAAAAAAAAAAAGUCUUUUACUUUACUCUAGAUAUCACGAGCUAUACAUUGCAGUAACGCUUCCAGAAAAAAUGGGUAACCAGGUAACAUUAUGAAGACUGAUUCUCAUUAACUUAUCAAAAAUCAUCCAGAGUAUUUUCACUAAAUCCAGUGCAGUGGCUCAUGCUUUCAAUGCCACCACUCAAGGCCAGCUUGGUCUUCGUCUACACAGUUCCUGGUUUUCAAAACUGUAAAAAUACCUUCAAAACUGAAUAUAAGCAACAAAAACGCUGUUCAUUAUUCACUUACUAAACUUCAGAUUUAAUCAAACCUUUCACUAAUACGUGGGACUCUAAGAUUUCACUAAGAAACAGAAGUUACAACUUUUAUUCCAUCACAACAAAUUAAAGACUACUGACCAUCUGUUUUCUUUACCUAAAACUGUAGUAAAACACUAAUUUCCCUCAACAUUGGACAACUCAAUUUUUAGAUUCUUUUCAAUUCCUGUAAACAAUAGAAAAGUGCCUUUCUCAGAAAAGUGAUACUUUAAAACUGCAAUAAACUCUAAAUAUCAAGAGACUGAUUGAUGAAGCUGAAAAAGAAAGCGUCCAUGCUCUCCUGUAACUAGGAAGUGCUAGUUUACUGGCAAUAUCCUCCACUUCAGGUAAAACUACCUCUACUUCUCAACUCUUAAAAAAUGAGAUUCAUGGAAGCUAGGCCUAUCACUAAUAGAAAAAUUAACCUAGAUCUUUCUGAUACAGUGACAAAGUGUCAUCUGCUUUUAAAGGCAUAGUAAGUAUACUGUUAAAAGAAAAAAAUUAAUGUGAGGCACAUACUACGUAACUAAGAAUAUGGAUUCACCACCGCACACUGAUAAGGAGGCAAUGAACUACCCAGGUCUCCCACAUACCAAAGUUGUCUUACUUGAUGUUAGAUGUUAACACCCAGGUAAACCCUUCAUGAAUAUAUAAAGAAAACACUUAAAAAGGUGUAUAGAAUAAAGUCGAAGCUAGUAGAAAUUCUGAAAACCGGGAAGAAUAUGCAAAAGAACUGCCAGGCAUGGUAAUGCCUAUCUAUAACCCACUCAGAAAACCCAAGCUGGAGACCCCCAGUUUCAGGCUAGCUUGCAAUGCUGAGCAAAGCACUGCCUCUAGAAAAACAAAACACUAAAAUCCCACCCAACUGCCUGUCUCUAAAAAUACAUUUAACUUCACAUCAUGGAAACUUCAGCAUGUUCAUGUAUGUGAUGGGAGAACACUAAAACAUCUUCUUGAACCUAUUUUUUAAAUUCAUUACUAAAUACUGAAUUACUAAAAGAGCCCUGUCAAGAACUUCCCACAGAAACUGGCAUCCAAACUGAACAUUAGGUCUCUGUGGAUUACAGGUAUAAAAAGAACCUUUGUAUGUGCUCUAAAAUUUAGUGAAAAAUUAAAUAAAACUAAAAAAAAUUGUCUCAGUACUGACUAGAAGCAUUUAGGCCCAAAGAAAAUCCUAGUCAAAUAAAUUAAUUUGGAGUUCACAGAUUUUUAUGUGUAUGUAAAUAAAUUUCUACAAAUUAGACACUACUAAAUUUUAGAAAUAACUGUAAACCAAGUAUUGUAAUGAAAACCAAUUCAACUAAUGCAAGCUAUAAUAUAUUGUUUUAAAAUAGCAAAAUCAGAGGCUAGAGUUCUAAUUACAGCUCUAGGGGAUCUAAUGUCUUCUGGACUGAAUGGGCAGCUGCAGUCUCACAUGCUCAAAGACACACAGACACACACCACUCUUCUCUCUCACACACAUAAAUCUUUAAAAAAAAAAAACAGAUAUUACCUCUAUAGUUUUUUGACUAUGGGCAAUUUAAGUGGCUACCAGAUAGACACUGUACCCAACCCCACACUUUGGAUUAAAGUGACAGAUUGUUUUAAGAGUAGCAUGACUUAAUGGAUACAUAGAGGUAAACUUUUAUUUUAAAGGAGCGUUUACAUUCUGGCCUGGGAUGAUCAGGAACAGCAGACAGUCAGGAAGGACAUAGCUAGCAAACCCUACUCACACUUCAGAAAGCAGUCAACUAAUUUAUCCCAACAAAACCUGGCAACUCAUGUUAAGGAAUGCUUGGUGGCAAAACACGUGCCUAGAAUACACAAAACCCUAGCACUUCAAAUCAACCUUAAAAAAUACCUGACAACUGGUUUUGCUGAUGCAGAUAAAUUACUAAGGGUGUUCAAUAAGGUAAUACUUUACUGUCUUGUUAUUAGUCAUACUCUUCAAAGCAUACUAGUAGUCUGGUUUCCAGGCUUUGAGUUAAUGUGAAGAUAUGACAUUCAGAUCUAACAUUUACAUAUUAAUCUCACUAUAAUCACAAAGGUUUGGGCUAGAAUAUAUUCACUCAACUUUUCCUUUACUGUGGUACUGUGGUUAUAGCUCAGCAUACUUGCCCAGCAGAUACCCAGCACCAAAGUAGUCGGGGAGGGGAAGCAAAACGGCAUGCAUCAUAGGUGUACAAUACCAGUUAGUUCAGUGUUGGGCCACCUGUCCAGAAGAUGUGCCUGCAUUGUCUUACCUUUAGAGUCAACAUGGGUAAGGUUCUGGCAGCUUCUCAUUUUUAACUUUUAAUACCUGGUUUCUUCCACCUGCUAAUGCUCUGAAGACGUUUUUAAAAAUUUAACACAAAAUACUUACACUUCACUUGCAAACUAAGUAUAACAUUUUUUCUAUUUCAUCAAUCAUCUCUAGUAAUUAUAAAAAUAACAAUCAGAAGGAAUAUGUAAUAAUCUCUCCAAACCCAUACCCAAAAUAAACCAAAUACAUUCACAACUCUGGAAAUUACGUGUCGUGAACUGAAUAAAAUGAACUGUAGUACCUGCUGGUACAUUUAAGAUCUCUGGACAACUCCAAAUAGUAUUCAACUAAUAAAGUUCAUUCUCCCGUCAAUCCAAGCUGGAACUAUCCUAAAAAUUUCAACUGAUACCAUUUAUAUUUAAAAGCAUUUAGGCCAACUAUUAUAUCCACUCUUGAAAUUAUUGUACUAACUUUCCCAACUUUGUCAUUAAGUAUUCUUCGCAUAGGAGUCAGCGGUUCACUUUAAACCUCACGUGAUACCUAAACAUUCAAAAUCUUAAAAGUAGCAUUAUCUUGACAAUGCACAGAGAUCAGAAAAUGGGAAGCCAAGAAACAUAUAUAAAGGGGCUCCCACUUGAUUGCUUUUGUAUCUUUCAGGAAAUGAACAUGCAAAUAAAUUGUUAUUUUCAAUAAACAAAGUCUACGUUCAGUUCUUCACAUGAAAGUAAACCUGAAAGCAAACUCACAGGUAUUAGAAAGACUAGACCUACCUCUUCAAAUUCAACCUACUUUGAAAGUUUACAACAAUGUUGCAAAUGCCACUGUGUUUUCUGGUGACAGUGGCUCAGUUAAAACCUGUGUGUUCUAAGAGAAGGUGUUUUCUGCAAUGUUACUGGAAAUCUGAAUUUAUAAAGGUGUUACUAUUAAAGAGUCAAUUAAGAUACUUGAAAGUUUAAACAUACUGACUUACGGGUGCAUAUGCUGCACUCUCCAAGGGCCAACAAGUCCACAUGGGCUAACCCUUACCUCUGGAGAGGUGUCUUUUAACAUGUGAAAAGUCAGGUAUCAGCAUUAGUACAGAACUUGUACAUCAAGUUCUAUUAAAAAAAAAAAAAAACCAAAAAAACACAAAACCCUUCUUUU